UGAUGCAGGUAAAAUAAACCUAUUAUUAAAUAAUUAAGAAAAAUAUGGGAUGAAAAAUACGUUAAUGCUCUCUGAUAAAACGAUUAUUACGAGCAAUGAAAAUCUUAAAGAAAAUUUUCAAAAGACUGAUUAUAGUCGUCAAACCAAUUUGGAUAUUAAAUCAAAGGAGAUAAUAUCUCUUGAAAUUUAUCAAGGAAAGAUAAAUAAUGACAGAGAUAAAGGAAGAGGGUGGUGGUGUAUCAUCACCCAAACUGACCGAAGAAAUUUUAAGAGGAAUACAAUUGUAUUACACACCUAUAUUGGUAUAUUUCGGUUCAUUUGGAAACUGUCUUUCGGUAUACGUGUUCUUUGGUACAAAAUUACGUCAAAUCUCAUCGAGCAUUUAUUUAGGUGCAUUGGCCAUAAGCGAUACUGGAUUUUUAAUAUCAUUAUUCGUAGUAUGGCUGGAUAUGGUGGAUAUUGGUAUUUUUAAUAUGCAAGGAUUGUGUCAAUUCUUCAUAUAUUUUACAACAGUAUGCAGCUUUUUAAGCGUAUGGUUUGUCGUUGCCUUCACAGUAGAAAGAUGUAUUGCAGUUCAAUAUCCGUUUCUUCGUCAAUCUAUGUGCACAGUUGCUAGAGCAAAAAAAGUAGUCAUAGGAUUGACUAUUCUCGGAAUAAUAUUGUGCAGUCCGGUAUUAUUAGUUUCGGGUCCACGUUUGAGCAUGUCGAAUAACAAAAAUGUAACUCGUUGUCUGGUCGCCGAAGGUUUGGAAUUAUCAUCGACCAUUUUCAAUUCGAUAGACGCUAUAUUAACUUUCGUCUUACCAUUUACAUUGAUCGUAGUAUUAAAUAUACUGAUCGCACGUGCCAUUUACAAACUCGCAAGAGUUAGAAGAACACUGACAUACGAAUCGAGGAAUUCGCAGGAACAAAUGUCUUGCUCGCAAAGUCCACGAAAUAAUACCACCUUAGCUCAAAGUAAAAUAACAAAAAUGCUCUUAACAGUAUCUACUAUUUUUCUCUGUCUCAAUCUUCCAGCCUACGGUAUCAGAGCUUAUGCUUUUCUAUACCCGGACAACAAUCCACCGCGAUUGUUAGAAAUAAUGCAGCCAGUGUGCAAUAUGCUAUUUAAUACAAAUUUCGGAAUAAAUUUUAUUCUUUAUUGCGCAACUGGACAAAAUUUUCGCAGAGCUAUGAUACGCAUGUUUUCUUGUAAAUCACGCAGAAAUAAUGAUACAACCGGACAAAUUUCUAAUCGUGGCAAUAAUGAAUUAAUUCCUAAUAAUAAUUCAAUGAUCCGUCAGCAGACAACUACACUCAAUAAAUCAUUGAACACUCAUUACGAAUUACAAAUAUUUUCUAAAGAAUUUAAAGAAGAUGUGGAAAAGGAUAAAGACUGAACAAAAACAAAACAAACAAACAAAAAACAUGUAAUUAAAAUAACGAAAGAUAAAAAUUGUACGUACCAGUUUCCGGUUCUGUGGCUGGCAAUGGUCCCACGUUUCCAAAAAAUCUUUGAUCUAAGAGCUGAAGAAGUUGAAGAGCUUCAUCGUGAACAGGUGCACGUGGACAACCAGUAUUCAUUAAUGUUACGUUAAUGAUACUUGUAUAAUGAUCGCAAGGAUAUUCCCUAUAUUAACACACGAUACGAAUUUUCUUAAGC